AGGAGAAAACUUUCUGAGUUCAAGUCAUCCCAAGCCACAAUGCGAAAAGUCUCCACUACAUCAGCCAAAGCCCUGGAGGCUUCUUACGCGGUGUAUUUGCUUGUUGCUAAAGCCAAAAAACCCUUCACCAUAGCGGAAGACCUACUGCUCCCCGCCGCUGUGGUAUUGGCCGAAACUAUGCUGGACAAAAAAUCAGCGGAUACAUUCAAAACUGUGCCUCUGUCCAAUGACACCGUUUGCCGCAGAAUAGAUACCAUGGGCACAGACAUUAUCGAACAAGUUGUGGGGAAACUUGGAGACUCAUUUUCACUGCAGCUGGAUGAAUCCACAGAUGGCAAGGACACCAGCAUCCUGAACCUGUAUGACAAGGUGGGUGGUUUCCUGAAGAAAGCAGAGAUGUGGAAAAGGGCAUGUGAUCAGGAGGAUUUCACCUGCUUUCCUCAGUUGGAUGUGUUUCUCUCAAAUGAAGAUGUGGCGACAGCUCCGGUGAAGUUAGUCAUAGUGGGACAUUUGGCUAACUUGAUCAGUGGUUUUCACUCCUACUUUCCUGACAUGGAUGAGAAAUCUGUGCAGCUGGAUUGGGUGAGAAACCCAUUUCUCUUGUCUGAAGCAAACAGAAGCAAGCUUCCUGUCACUCAUCAGGAAAAACUGAUGGAAGUAGCAUCUGAUCGUGGCCUGCAGAUGAAGUUUGGUGUAUCCACUCUCACACAGUUUUGGCUGUGUGAGAGGCAGGAGCACCCUGAGCUGGGACAGAAAGCUUUGGAGCAGCUGUUACCGAGAAUGCCUCUCUCCAAAAGGAAGGUGAAGAAAUGGACUCCAGAGGCUGAGGAAACCCUGCAGGACCGCUUUGAGUGCACAGACUGGGACGCUCUGUCUUCCUCACGCCGUGGAUUACAAAUGACCCCAAAGACCCUGUUGAACGAGAAGAAGAGGGCCUUUGGGUCAGGAGACAGGGAGUGGCUGAAGAGGGUGCAGCACCGGCUGAGAGACAAGUUGAGGGAAUGA